AUGGCGUCGCUAAAAGCACUCUACUUCGUUCCGUACAACGCGUUCCUCGCGGUCGCAUGGCUGUACGUGUUGAUCCUGACGGUGCAGGCGCUAGCGACAGGCGGCCCCUCCACCGUGUAUGCCACGGCGGAGCUUCCGCUUCAGAUCGCUCAGACCGCGGCACUCAUGGAGAUCAUCCACAGUAUUCUCGGGAUCGUGAGGUCGCCCGUGUCCGCCACGCUCCCGCAGAUCGCGUCGCGCCUCUUCCUCGUCUGGGGCGUGCUCUACCCCGCGCCGCAGGUGCGGGAGCACGUUCUGGUGGCGUCGCUGCUGCUCAGCUGGUCCAUCACUGAGAUCGUGCGCUACUCCUUCUUUGCCGUCAAGGAGGCCUUUGGCUUCACGCCCGCGCCUCUGCUCUGGCUCAGGUACAGCAUGUUCUUCGUGCUCUACCCCUCGGGCAUCACCAGUGAAGUGGGACUCGCCUUCCUCGCUCUGCCCUACCUCAAGGCAUCCCACGUGUUUUCGUUUGACAUGCCCAAUAAGGUCAACUUUGCGGUUGACUAUUACCUCGUCUGCAUCCUCAUCCUCCUCACCUACAUCCCCGGGAGCCCAUACAUGUACACAUACAUGAUGGGGCAGAGGAAGAAGGCCCUGGGAAAGAAGGACAAGUCAGCGUAA